AUGCGCAUCCCAAUUGCCGUGCAGCUCGGCCUGCUGGUCCUUGUGACUGCCCUAGUGGGCCUGGCCGUGCUGUCCAUCGCUACGUGGGUUAAUAACUACAAUUUUGUGGUCGAUGUCCAAUCCGAAGGACUCGAGCUGGUCGCAAAAAUCAAAGCCAGCCAGAUCGCUUCGAAUCUCAAACUUCUUGAAUCGACGUGCAAAACCAUCGUCACACGACUGCUGAUCCAGGGUGCUCUCGGUCGUUUUUACAAUGGGAACUCGAGUGAUUCGAACUGGACCUCGUCCGUCACGGAUGUGCAGUCGGCAAUGGGCAGUAACAAUUACCUGGACCUCUAUCAAGCCAUCAUUUUCUCUCGAAAUGGCCAAGGAGAUCGACACGGAUUGCUCAAUGUCACCGCCAAAGAUAUUGCCCAGAUCACUCUUCCCUACACUUACCCGAAUGGCACUGCUGUCAUGCUAGGCGAUGAGGGACUCGGUUACCCGCCCGCACUCUACCCUAAUCUGACAUAUUCCGCAGCCUCCGACGGCAGCACCACAACCGAUGUGUACGCCUUUUCGGACUACAAGCUGGGACUUGACACCGCUCUUCUUCUUGGACCGCUGCCGAUCAACAGCUCCUUUUCCCUCGUUUCAGUCACAGUGCCCAUCAUCAAUAAUACUUCGGCCACUGACAUUCUUGGAUACAUGACGGUCGUCGCCAGUGCCGCCAAUUUGCAGGCCACGAUCAACUCCCGCGAUGGCUUGGGCCAUAGUGCCCAGAUUCUCCUGCUCGGUCCAUCCCGCGCGCCCAAUCAGUUCGCCCCCGACGCCUACCCGGCCACAGCGACCUCUCCCCCGAACGUGGAAGGACUUUCUCACGCUGAAGUCCACUACGUGUUCGAGCCUACUCCACUUCCCGGUCAGAGCAGCAGGCACGGCGGCAACUUGAGCAUGAACAGCUUUCCUCUGUCCAGGUAUCCGCUGGCAUGGAAGCUCAUGUCGAAACCGUGGGCGGAGACCAACAACUCGAUCAGCGAUCUGUCAACCAGAAACGAACACGGAUACCAGGUUGCGGUCGGCGCGAUCCGCCCAAAAACACAGAUGGCCCAGUGGAUCCUGUUGGUGGAACAGACACAGGCGGAGGCAUUCGCGCCGAUCAACAAGCUCAGGAAAAUCAUUCUGGCGUGCGUCUUUGGGACGAUGGGAUUCAUUAUCCUGAUCGUUCCUCCGCUCACCCAUCUGGCCGUGGCCCCGAUCCGCCGGUUGAGCGAGGCCACUCGCAAGUCGAUCGAGCCCCCGUCCCAGGCCCCGCAUAAUCGCCCUCCCUCCAGCGGACCGUACAUUGUAGGAAUCGCCGAGGCGGAGGCGGAGCCCCGUACUUUUGAUGACCACAUGGAUGAAAAGGGUUUCGUGGCCUGGGUAAAACAUUUCCGACGAAAGGACCGGCCCAACAGCGCCCACAGCAAUGGCAGUGGCCAUCACGCCAGAGCUUUCCAGAUUCCAGGCCGAGUGAAGGAGCGCAAGCAUCUCAUCACAGACGAACUGACGGAGCUGACGAGCACUUUCAACGAGAUGUCGGACGAGCUUUCGAUCCAUUACCAUCGGCUUGAAGAACGAGUGGCGGAACGAACUCGCGAGCUGGAAGCCGCCAAGUUGGCCGCGGAGACUGCUAACGAGAGCAAGACGUUGUUCAUCGCCAAUAUCUCACACGAGCUCAAGACUCCGCUGAAUGGCAUUUUGGGUAUGUGUGCAGUGUGUAUGGGCGAAGACGAUCUUCCAAGGAUCAAGAAGUCGUUGCAGGUUGUUUACAAGUCGGGGGAUCUUUUACUGCACCUUUUGAACGACUUGUUGACCUUUAGCAAGAACCAAAUCGACCAAGCAAUUCGGUUAGAAGAGCGGGAAUUUAAAUUGUCGGACAUCCGGUCUCAACUGGCGGUCAUUUUCCAGAAUCAGGUCCAGGAAAAACACAUCGACUUCAAUGUCAACUUCGUCGGCGGAGAUACCCUUCCGGCAAAGGGCGAUGGCUUCCAGGAGAAGACGUUCCUACCGUCUCCCCCCGCGCUUGGUCCUCCAGGGACUGGUCGGUUGAGGGACAUGGUAUUAUGGGGUGAUCAACAUCGCAUCCUUCAAAUUUUGAUCAACCUUGUCAGCAACAGUCUCAAAUUCACGCCCGACUAUGGCAAGGUCGAGGUUCGCAUCAAAUGCGUCCGGGAAGCGGAACCCCCGGGCAGUCCCAGAACCUCUCUGCAGGACUCUCGACGCAAUUCGCGACUGCGAUCCCGACCACCGUCGCAUGCCAGUUCUCAGCCACGUGAUCCUGUUGACGGCCUAGUUCAGGAAGAAUAUCACACUCCCGUGCUUUCGCAGUUGCGAACUCUGAUCUUCCAGUUUGAGGUCGAGGAUAAUGGUCCUGGCGUUGCCCUCCAUUUACAGAAGCGCGUCUUCGAGCCCUUUGUACAGGGCGAUCUCGGACUGAACCGAAAGUAUGGAGGUACCGGGUUGGGGCUCAGUAUCUGCGCGCAGCUGUCUCGCUUGAUGAAUGGAAAGAUCACCCUGGAAAGCGAGCCGGGCAAAGGCGCCUUGUUUACUGUGGAGAUUCCGUUGAAGUUCGUCAAGGAGACCGCGCCGAGUACCCGCAGUUCCAGUGCCGCUGGAUCGCGCACUCCGAGCGUUUUUUCGCUUGACGAUCUACCUGGUCUCGCGCGACCGCCGUCCAAUACUGGCUCUGUUGGCUCUGUUCGAAGCGAUCCGUUGACCAGUUUUGAGAAGCAGGAUCUGCAACCCCGACUGGUCGGACUCAGCCAGCCGUUCUUUACCCCUACACCGUCAUCCCCCGCACCGUCGACUCCCCGAGCUCCUCCAGCUGAUGGAGCCAAACCGGAAGUGAAAGACAGUACAUCUGGCAAGGUGCGCGUGUUGGUGGCUGAGGACAAUGUAGUGAACCAGGAGGUGGUUCUUCGAAUGCUUCGGUUGGAAGAAGUAUAUGAUGUAACGGUCGUCAAAGACGGCCAAGAAGCCUACGAUACCGUCAAGGCGAAUAUGGAAGAGGGCAAAGUAUUUGACCUUAUCUUCAUGGACAUUCAGAUGCCCAACCUCGACGGCCUAGAGAGCACCCGCCUCAUCCGGGGCAUGGGCUACUCGGCGCCGAUUGUUGCGCUCAGCGCUUUCUCGGAAGAAAGUAAUAUUAAAGACUGCAUGGACUCGGGCAUGGACAUGUUCAUCAGUAAACCUAUCCGACGCCCUGCCCUGAAGCAAGUUUUGAACAAGUUCGCCACGAUCCCGGAAGAGCCGGAGAAUGUGUAA